AUGGCCGGCGUUACAGUCCAGAUCACUACUAGUACCGGAUGCGCAGACGUCUACUCAUCAUUUGACGACUCUCUGAUGGCGACUAUCUCAUCAGCUCCUCCUCCUCGUCUUCCCUCUCUGUCUUCCUCUUCGCGCCUCUGCUUUGCCUCCUCCGAAACUCUCGCGUUUCCUCCUUCAGCUUCGUCAUCAGGUUCGCGAUCCAUAAGUCACACCCACCUCUUCAACAAGCUCAUCGUCUCCGCUUCUUCUAGAAGCAUCCACCGAACCGUCCCCGAUAACAACGGCUCUCUCCCUCCUUCAACCCCCAAGGGAGUGAGGAGGCAUGCAAUCUCAGUGUUCGUCGGGGACGAAAGCGGAAUGAUCAAUCGGAUUUCAGGGGUGUUUGCAAGGAGGGGAUACAACAUCGAGUCACUUGCUGUUGGCUUGAACAAGGACAAAGCCCUCUUCACCAUUGUCGUUUCUGGCACCGAUACCGUCUUACGCCAAGUCAUUGAGCAGCUUCACAAGCUCGUCAAUGUUCUCAAGGUUGAGGAUCUCUCUAGUGAACCUCAAGUAGAACGUGAAUUAAUGCUUAUCAAAGUUACUGCACAUCCAGACUACCUUGCUGAGAUCAGGUGGAUAGUGAAUAUCUUUAGAGCUAAAAUCGUGGAUAUCUCAGACCACUCAGUAACCAUUGAGGUGACAGGAGAUCCUGGGAAGAUGGUUGCUCUUCAAAGAAAUUUAAGCAAGUUUGGGAUCAGGGAAAUUGCCAGAACCGGAAAGAUAGCUUUGAGGAGAGAAAAGUUGGGUGCUUCUGCUCCAUUUUGGCGCUAUUCAGCAGCUUCAUAUCCAGAUCUUGAGAGAAAAGUGACUGUUGAUGCUCUUGCAGGGGCUGAGAAUGGCGUUGUCAAUCCCGAGUCUGAUACAUCUUCUGGGGGUGAUGUUUAUCCUGUGGAGCCUUCUGGUACCGCUAGUGUCAAUCAAAUCCUUAAUGCUAACUGGGGUGUUCUCAAUGAUGAAGAUACAAGUGGACUUCGAUCACACACUUUAUCCAUGCUUGUAAAUGAUGUUCCUGGGGUUCUUUACAUUAUUACGGGCGUUUUUGCCAGAAGGGGUUAUAACAUUCAGAGUUUGGCUGUCGGCCGUGCUGAAGUUGAGGGGCAAUCUCGCAUUACUACUGUUGUUCCUGCUACAGAUGAAUCAAUUAGCAAGUUGGUGCAACAGCUUUAUAAGCUUGUUGAUGUACAUGAUGUUCGAGAUCUUACCAACUUGCCAUUUGCUGAGCGGGAAUUGAUGUUGAUAAAAAUAGCUGCCAAUGCUGUUGCUCGGAGAGACGUACUUGACAUUGGAAACAUCUUUAGGGCCAAGGCGGUUGACGUUUCUGACCACACUAUAACCCUUGAGCUCACUGGAGACCUGAACAAGAUGGUUGCACUGCAAAGAUUGUUAGAACCCUAUGGGAUUUGUGAGGUUGCGCGUACUGGAAGAAUUGCUCUGGUGCGUGAGUCAGGGGUCGAUUCUAGAUAUCUCCGUGGAUAUUCUCUUCCUCUUUAGUUUGACGAGCUGCAAGGGUGAGUGUGAGUGAGUCAUAAAUUUGUGCAAGGCAAAUAUGCAUAUUUCUUGUACAUGCAUGUUACUGAGAAAUGGUGAGUAGAAUUACGACUUGCAGAUUUAUUGUGCUCAGAAUUUUGUUGCAGAUCAACUUUUAUAGGUAAUGUUAUACUAUAUAGUCUUUAUGUUUAUUGUCAUAAUUAUUUCCUGACACACAGUUAGCAGACUGUAGGCGCUAGUCUAGACAGUUUCUAGUUUCUCCAGUUUGCCUGUAUGUACAGCACAGCAGUUAAUUAUGGGGAAACUGCACCCACCAGUUGGCCAACGCGACCUAUGAAGAUGAAAAAAUGAGCUGCUACUAGAGCAUUUGAUCCUAGAGUAGGACUGUAGGAGACUCCAGCACGUACAUAUACUCCCCCAUAAUUUAUAUUGCCUGCUUGUUACUCACUUCCUCCAUUGUUUAUAUUGCCUGCUUGUUACAUGUCAA